UAAGAUAAGCGCUCAGAGUGACGUCGAGAAGGUGGGAGCACUUUCUGAACGUGGCCAACGGGCUGCUGCACUGACUCUACUGCGAGCCUGUCAAACACAACCAACACAGCCAACAUGGCGGACUGGGACGCUGAAACCUUCGAGCCGGAGGAACCGAAUAAAAAGGCGGCAUCGAUGGACAAAUGGGAAGGUGAAGACGACGAGGACGAUGUUAAGGACAAUUGGGAUGAUGAGGAGGAAGAAAAAGAGAAAAAGGCAGAGAUGAAGAAAAAGGAGAAAAAGGUUUCUGAAAAGAAAAAGCUGAGUGAGAAGAUCAAAGAGAAAGAGAACCAGUUAAAGAAAGAACAGGAGCUGAAGAAGAAAGAGUUGGAGGAUGAAGAAGAGCUCGCACCUGAAGAAGAACUUGCAGAAAAGAUAAGGGUGAAGAAAUUACAGGAAGAUGCUGACCUGGAGCUAGCAAAGGAUACUUUUGGCGUAAGCAGCACUUCAAACAGUGUCACUGGGAUUGACGCCAUGUGUCCAUCUUCUAAAGACGACUUCACAGAGUUUGAAAAAUUGCUGAAAGAAAAGAUAUCCCCGUUGGAAAAAUCUGAGCAUUAUUCAAAUUUCUUGGAUUCAUUGUUUCGGGAACUUUGUAUUUCAUUGGAAGUAGAAGACUUGAAGAAAGUCAGUAAUUCCCUGACAGCCCUACUUAGUGAAAAACAGAAACAAGAAAAACAAAACAAAGGCAAGAAGAAGAAGAAAGGGGUCGUUGCUGGAGGCGGAUUGAAAGCACAGUUGAGAGAUGACCUUGACUAUGCAGAGUUUGAUGGUGGCUACGCCCAAGACUAUGAGGACUUCAUGUGACACUGGCCCCAUCGCUACUGCCCUUUACCCCUCCUAACCAAACGCAGCUGUACCUUCUCAUGCUGUCCAGUGCCAUCCUGGAAAAUCUGAACUAUGUGUUGCCCCCUUCAUUUUGCUUCAAUGACCAGAGGGACGAUACCAGGGAGCAUCCAGUCUCACCAACUCUUUGUUCAUACAUAUGGAAUUGCCUUUUCUCUGUCUCAUUCAGCCUCAACUCACACAUCAUACAUUAUCUGUUGGGUGACCCAGCUUCAAUGGAGAAUAUAUUGUAACUGCUGUUGGCUGAGUUUUGUAGGCCUCAUUUUUUAUUAAAUGUUGCUUCUUUUAAAACGGCAGAUACAGUAUUGCAUUUAUAAGUACAGUGACAUAGAAACACAAGGUUCUAUGUCAUGAUUAUGUUAUUGGUCUUGCUUACCUGUGGAUGGUUCUCUUACAGGAAAGUAUAUAGUAUCUAUAACUUUGGUUGCCAAAUUCAGAACAAUUAUUCAUCUUUAUCUCUGGAAAGGUUGCGUUGUGGAUGAUUUUGAGACUGACGAAACAUGUAACUAGUAGUUGUAUUUCUACAGAGAGCACAUGACAUUCACUCUUAAGGUUAAAGGGAUAGACAAGUAGGCUAUAAUAAAGGUUAAAACUUUUAGACCUCAUAGCCAUUCUCUUGAUACAUCUCUGGAAUAUCCUUGAAAAUAUGGAGCAAAGAGUACUUGAAGGUAUUUUUUGUGCAUUAAGAAAAAAGUAGUUUACUAAUUUGAUUUCUACUAAUGCAGAUAAAGUAUGGAUCAGGCAAGUGGAUUAACUUGCGUCAUCUGGUCUCCUAAUCAUUGCUUCUGCAGGCUUGUAUCAAGUGUGAUGAGGAGCGGGGGCUUAUGGGCUUCACCCACCAUGUCUUCAUAUGGGCUACAGUUAAUUGAAAGGGGUGUAUUUCUCCUUUUUUCGAGCAAUUGACCAGUUUCAAUGUUACAUGGAAAAUUGGAUACACAAUGUGGAAGAUACAGCAUCUGCAGUGUUUUAUAAGCAUCCAAUUUAAUAAAUCACUGGUUAAAAAGAAA